AUGAAGACCUGGAUCUGUUUUGUGCAGAUCGGUCCGCUGCCGGGUUCCCUGCGGAACAGCCCGGCUGGGUGGUCUUUGGCGAUGGGCACCUGCUGCACGCCACGGAUGGAGCUGCUGGAUCCCGGGCUAACGCCUGGUGCCUCUCUUCUUGCAGGAGGUUAUGAGCGCUUCUCCUCGGAGUACCCUGAAUUCUGUGCAAAAACCAAGUCCCUGAGCAAUGUGUCACCCCCCACCAGCGCCGAGCCCCUGGAUUUGGGCUGCAGUUCCUGUGGGACCCCCCUCCAUGACCAGGGUGGCCCUGUGGAAAUCCUUCCCUUCCUCUACCUUGGCAGCGCCUACCACGCCGCCCGGCGCGACAUGCUGGAUCCGCGGGGGCUCACCCCCCUUUUCUCCUCAGACUGCCCCAACCACUUCGAGGGGCACUACCAGUACAAGUGUAUCCCCGUGGAGGAUAACCACAAAGCUGACAUCAGCUCCUGGUUCAUGGAGGCAAUCGAGUACAUCGACUCGGUGAAGGAGUGUUGUGGCCGGGUCCUAGUCCACUGCCAGGCUGGUAUCUCCCGCUCGGCCACCAUCUGCUUGGCUUACCUGAUGAUGAAGCAGCGAGUCAAGCUGGAGGAGGCCUUUGAGUUUGUCAAGCAGCGCCGGAGCAUCAUCUCCCCUAACUUCAGUUUCAUGGGGCAGCUGCUGCAGUUCGAGUCGCAGGUGUUGGCCACCUCCUGCGCAGUGGAAGCUGUCAGCCCCUCAGGGACCCUGCGGGAGCGGGGCAAGGGCAAGCGGGAGCGGUGGCCCAGGGCUGACCGGUGGCCAACCUCGUCCCUGCCAGUGCCCGGGGAGGUGAUGCAGGAGCUGGCAGGCACCUGCGGGACGCCAGCUGAGCCCGGUCCUCUGGGGGAGAGCAAGCGCUGUGGCUGGGGGGCAGCUGGGAAGGGGAGAUGCAGUCCGAAAUGCCUCUUCUCUUGCCCCUGUGGAUCUCUGGGUCCUGCAAAACUUGGGUCCAAUUUCCUGCGGCUUAAAGAAGAGAAAGAAGGGGUGGGGGCUGCAGCCGGGGCUGCUCUCGAUGCCUCUGUCUGGUUGCCUCUCCACCCGUCCCACGGCUGCUCUUCGAAAAGGAGCAGGAUGGGACAUGGGUGGGCUGUAACAGAGGAGAGAACCAGCGGGGUGGAGGAUGUCGCCCAUCCAGCAUUUUCAACCCUCCUCCACCUCACAACUGGCCCUUCUCCACCUGAGCUGGGUCUCGCUCACCUGGGCCGAAGUGCUGCAGCUUUUGGUCCGAGCCGAGAAAAUGCCUCACCGUCAACCCACCGGGAGCCUUACUUCCCACCCCACCUCUCUCCUCCUCCCCCCCGUCCCAUCCAACACACAUGA